AGGAGCACGUCCGGCAUCACCGGGAGAUCCAUGUGGUGAUGGGCAAUGAAGCCUGUGACCUGGACUCCACCGUCUCAGCCUUGGCCCUGGCUUAUUUCCUGGCGAAGACCUCCCCGGCUCCCAAAGCCGCCUUCAUCCCGGUGCUGAACAUCCCUCGCGCCGAGUUCCCCCUCCGGACGGAGACGACGUUCCUGCUGCGGGAGCGGGGGGUCCCCGCCACCUCCCUCAUUUUUCGGGAUGAGAUCGACCUGGGGGGGCUGCACCGCGCGGGGCUGCUCUCCCUCACCCUGGUCGAUCACCACGUCCUGCCCAGCGCCGAUGCCGCCCUGGAGGAGGCCGUGGUGGAGGUCCUCGACCACCGACCUCUGGAAAGGGACCGAGGUGCCAGCUGCCGGGUGACGGCAGAGCCGGUGGGCUCCUGUGCCACGCUGGUGACCGAGCGCAUCGCCCAAGGUCCCCCGGGCAUCCUGGACAGACUCACGGCCGCCCUGCUGCACGGAACCAUCUUGCUGGACUGUGUCAACCUGAGCCCAGCCGCCGGCAAGGUGACACCCCGGGACGUGGCGUGUGUGUCCCUGCUGGAGGAGAGGUUCCCCGACCUGCCGGCCCGUGACACCAUCUUCCAAGCCCUGCAAGCGGCCAAAUUUGAUGUCUCAGGGCUGACGACAGAGCAGAUGCUGAGGAAGGACCUCAAAGUCCUCUCCAACGAGGAGCUGGCCCUCGCCAUCAGCGCCAUUUACGUGGACCUGGAGACCUUCCUGCGCCAGCCCGCCUUGCUGCAGGACCUGGAUGCUUUCUGCCGGGCUCGUGGCUACGCGGGGCUGGUGGCCAUGACCAUCUCCUUUAACGAGGGCAACGAGCCCUCCCGGCAGCUCGCCGUCUACAGCCGGCACGAGCCCCUCCGCAGCGCGGUGUGUCGGGCGCUGGAGGAGGCGACGACGCCGUCCCUGCACCUCCAGCCCCUGCUGAGCCCCUGGUCCUGCCUGGGCACCUACACCCAGGGCAACGCUUUGGCAUCACGCAAGAAGGUCCUGCCCAUCCUCCGGGCAGCCCUGGGGGGGCAGGGGGCUGCCGGGGGGGCAGGGGAGGAGGAGGUGGUCCCCCCGCCCACCCCCAUGAACAGCCUGGUGGAGGAAUGCCCCCUGGCACACAGCAUCCCCCUGCUGCUGCUGAUGGAGAUGAUGAAGAUGAUGAUGGAGAACCUGCUCAGGUACAUGGUGGCCACUCUGGAGGGGAUGGUGGCCAACCAGUACGUCCUGGUGUGCCUGAGCUGGGGGGCAACGUGGGGGCAGAUCCCCCCCCUUGGGCUGGAUGAGAUGGUGCUACCAGUGGAUCGGCGGUGA